UUUUCAAAUAUGAUUUUUUUGUUUACUUUAAAUGUUACUUGUUCAUUUGUAAUUUCACACGUUUUAGCUUGUGCAAUUUCUGCACACAUUUGAUACCACACUGACUCAUGACCUAUUUUUACCUUUUUUGUAAUGGCAAGACCCAAAAAAUCCAAAUCCAAAAGUGAGACAUUGGGCAAGUCUUCGGUUCGAUCCGGAUCGAAAGGAAAUAAAAAGGGACAGACCAAGAAAAGUUCAGGGAAAACCUUAGCCGAGACUUCCAAUUCAGUUUUCAGCGAAAAGUUUCGAAAUAUUCAGGCAAACACGCAAGAAUCUAGGAGCAGUCAUGAAGCCACAUCGGAGAACCUUCAAGAAGUUUCAAUCGAUCCUGGAGAUGGCACAAACAUUGAUCCUGGCAAAGGAGUGAAUUUCGAGCAAUCCCCUGAGAAUGACUUAAUUAAAGGAUUUACAAACUCCCAGCCAGAAAGCGGCUUUGUUACUCCAACAUUCCAUGAUGCAUUCCAUAAAAAUCCCCAUAAAUCGCUUGAGUCCAUCCCCAAAAAGACCAAAACAUCGCAAGAAACGUUCAGCAGCCCUCGGUCCCAGGCGACGGACUUCUUCUACAUAAACAAACUGAAACGACGCCCCAAGCCGGUGGUGGAAUUUCAAUUGAAACCCCAAGCAGAGGCCAUCUCAGUUCGCUCCGAAAAUGAAACAGUUUCUGAUGAUGAAGAAAACACCAGCCAAAGGGAGGAUGUUGAAUUGAAGAAUUAUGUGGACAUGCUCAACCAGCUCCGCGACUUUCCCAGCUGGCAUGAGCUACAGUUGAAUGAGGAAGUUGCAGAGGAAAAGGCAGCGGACAUGUCGGGAUCCCUUAGAGAUCCGUCGGCUGUCAGCUCGACAGGCAUGGCAGACACUGAGACAGACCAUGAGAGCGUGUCCGAGGCGCAGCCUUCGCCACUGAAGCUGAGUGCACACAGUCUGGCGGCAGUCUCCUCCUCAGAGAUCGAGGAGAGCGAUUCGUUUGCAGAUGAUGCUGAGGACGAGGACGAGCAAGCUCCAUUCAAGCAAGCUGAUCUCGUCUUCGACUCAGAUGAAGUGGAGAUCGCUGAGCAUAAAAUUGCUCCCUUUGAGCUGAAGCCAACGAUCUGCAACUUUCUGGACGAAAUCAUUGGCAAAGUCGUUGCCAAAGCCGAAAAACCCGAACGCUUGCUCAACCAAACACUGGAUAAAGCCAAGCUCAUGGCUGCACUGCUGCAAGGUGCUGAUGGGCAUCGCAUCGAGCACUUUAUAAAUCAAUAUUUAACAAAAAGGAUAACCGACAUUCUGGUGCGCCGUGGCAAGUACUCCCAGGUGACGCCCAGUAAAACUGCAGAAAUGAAUACGAACAAUCAGCGUCGCUGUCGAUUCGCAUUAAAUGAGUUGGACUAUUGGCUGAAGCGGGAGAAGCUCUCCAAACAAGCAGCACGCGAUGAGCUACAGCGACUUGGCAUCGAGGAGAACACAAAGCGAACCCAAGACGAUAAUCUGUGGCAGCGUCUGGAGCGCCUUGUAGAUGAUACGCUACUCAUAUGCCCCAACGUGUCGGAUAAUUUGAAAAUGUUGGCUGGAAAUACAAUUCGAAGGCUGAGCAAAAUGCGCGACGAGUUGUCGGAGGCACGACUGAAUUUAAUACUGAAGCAACACACUUAUUCGCACAUUAAAAUGAAAAUAGAUAAAAUGGACACCAUUUCCGAGAGCCUAACCAUGCAAAAAUAUCUGUCAGUCGCAGCGCAUGUUGAGAUUUUGGACAGAACGUUGGACUCCAGAAACUUGAGCAUUCUGAAAGCGUCGAACCUCAUCAAUAGCAAAAUCCAUUCAGUGUCCCAUCUGCGGUGUCGUCGAAAGACUUUGAGCCGCAAGCUGACGGCGGCCCAAUGCCUACUCGAGUCGCUGAAGCGGCAAUUCAAAGCCUUGAGGGUCAAGGCGUAUCGCUGCAACAAAAGGCACAACAAGCUACUCAGUGAGCUCGGGAAUGUCCGGCACCAGGGCGGCAUUAUGUUGUAUCCUUUGCUCAUGGCAGACUAUGACCAGACGGUGGAGGCUGCGGGCAGAAAGCGAUCUGAGAUUGAAGCGCUGAGGGCGCAGCAUGACAGUCUGCUGGAGCGGCUCACAGCGAUCGAAGCGACUCGUCGAAUGUCGCUGGAGAAACAUAGAGAAAGUCGCAGCCAACUUCGCACUUCCACGCUAGUCGAGCGAAUGGAAAGGCGUGGAAAUAUUUCCCAGCAUUCAACGACUUUUCAUUCAAAUUUCAAAAAUUAA